GUUCAGUGACAUCACAUCCCUACACUGCGCGCCACUGCAUUUCCGGUGGAUGGGACGACGGACGAGUAGCAGUUUGGGAACAGGGGACGAGCUUCUUUGGAGAAUUACUGCCUGUUGCAACUGAAACUCAGAGGACACAUGGCAGCCAACAAGAGCAAGGGCCAGAGCUCUCUGGUGCUGCACAAGGUCAUCAUGGUGGGAAGCGGAGGAGUGGGCAAAUCAGCACUCACACUGCAGUUCAUGUACGACGAGUUUGUUGAAGACUAUGAGCCCACUAAAGCAGACAGCUAUAGGAAGAAGGUUGUGCUAGAUGGAGAGGAGGUUCAGAUCGACAUCCUGGACACAGCAGGACAAGAGGACUAUGCAGCCAUUAGGGAUAAUUACUUCCGCAGCGGAGAGGGCUUCCUGCUAGUGUUCUCCAUCACAGAGCAGGAGUCGUUCAGUGCCACCUCCGAGUUCAGAGAGCAAAUCCUGCGUGUGAAGGCAGAGGAAGAUAAGAUUCCUCUGUUGUUAGUUGGAAAUAAAUCUGAUUUGGAGGAUAAGAGGCAGGUGUCUGUGACCGGAGCCCGAGAAAAAGCAGAUGAAUGGGGAGUGCAGUAUGUGGAAACCUCAGCAAAAACGCGUGCCAAUGUCGAUAAGGUGUUUUUUGACCUAAUGAGGGAGGUACGGGCCAAGAAGAUGGCUGAGAACAAGGAUAAAAAUGGCAAGAAGAGUGGCAAGAAGAAAAAAAGCCUGAAAGAACGCUGCACUUUGCUUUGAAUCAGAAGAACCCUGAAGAAAGCCUCACUCGGAACAAAGCCUUUCUGGUGGAAACGGAAAACCCAAAAGCUGUUUUUUUCCCCACUAUUGUGGUUAACGUUGCCAAAUCCAGACAGAGUUAAGAACUGUGAACAGAUGCCAUUGUUCUUCCUUGCUGUAUUCAGUAAGGUUUAUGCAGCUGUCAUACAUUAUGGUUUUCUUUUCCAAGAACCUUUCUUCUGCCAUCAAACAAAUAAGAACCAACUAGGUGGACAUUCAUGCUGUUUGCAAUUUGCCAUAUUCCAUCAUCAUAGGUUGUUGGCAAUGCCUCCUACUAAUAUAUGAGUUAGUUACAUACAUUGAGUAUGUGAUAUAAUUACUGCAUUAAUACUUACCACUACCGGAUUUCAUAUUCAAUUAGCUAGUAGUUUUCAUGCCAUCAGCACUAUUUAAUUAGAUGAACUAUGUCAUUUUAAAAUGAACCACCAUAGUUUAGCCACAAUCAUAUUAUGUUAAAAAAUUUGAUCAUUAUGUGUUUAGAUUAGACAAGUCUUUGCUGAUGUCUGCAGCACCUUUAAGGAAUAACAUUCUGAACCUGGUUUUGUAAGAGCUUCAUAGCACAGAGACCAUUGUUUAAGUGGGAAAAUGAGUGUAUAAUGUGUUAAACACUUUAAUGAUGAGAUGUUUUUGAAUGCAGUGCUAUGGGAUGUUAAACAAAGCAAGAUGGUCUGGUUAUCUGGAUAAUGGGAGUCAAAUAUAAUGAACAAUGCUCAUGGAGAAAUACACACUGUUAGUUAGUUAUACGGCUAUCGGAGGAAAUCUGCUUGUUGUAAUACUGCUAUGAUGUGUAUUAGUAUUUUCAAAGACUUCACUAUGCAAAGCCUACCACAUAUAUUGCUUUUAGUAUAACUAUAAAUAUGUUUUUGUGAUAACCAUAUUUUUGUAAUUGAAUCACUUUUUGUAUGAAAUGCUUUUUACUGAUUCACUGUAUGAUGUUAACAGACCAAAUAAACCUAUUUGUUUAGUA